AUGCGUGCUUCUUGGAAGAUCGUGGAAGAGAAGUUUGCGCCGCGAACAAUCUUCCUGGACAGAGGCUAUCAGUACAUCCUCACCCAUGCCAUUCGAUCAUCCAACCACCCCCUGGUCGCGGGCAUGACUUUUCUCGCAAGUCAGGCUGCCUUGAUGAAUGGUGCCUCUGUGGACAUCUUCCCAGGCUCCCAGAGCCCGUUGAACGUCAUGGCGCUCCUGGUCAACUACCCGCAGACGCGAAAAAGCCAAAACACUAAGCUCUGCAAGGCAUUGAGCGAAGAGCUCGAUAAGGCCAUCGCCAAGAAGGCCGAGAACCUUGCAGCUGCGGCUUCUGGCGAUGCCGGCGAAGACCAUGCUGCCCGCCCCGAUCGCAGACGGCGACUCGUCGUGGGUGAGGAAGGCAUCGGCCCGCCCCCCAAGCAACCUCGAGUCCGACUUGCCAGUGCAGCGAUCUCCAGCUUCACACCCGAAGUUUUCUUCCAACGCAUGGCCGGUGACUUCCAGCAGGUGGAGAACCUCAGAGACCUGGACGUGGAUGAACCUGGGUUGGAAGGUAGUCUGCACUUUGGCCGGGUUGUUAAUGUCGACGAAGUCUAUGCAACAUUUGCUAGCUUCGGUCUCAUCAACGACGACUCGCGCCGCACCUCCGCAAGCCUUUUGGCUGUGAACCAGUAUGCUGGUCAGCUGAAUAGGUUUUUGCAGUUUGGGGAGGCAUCCAAGAUUUUCAUUCCCAUGGAGCGAGGCCUCGUGGGUGGACACACCGGGCAGACCAAGGAGCGCCUCAUGGCUUACUCCGCAUCGCCAAUUCCGCCGCAUGCUCCGAUUCCUGACGAUUACGUGGCCCCAGCAGGCUUUGAGAAGUGGGUUUGGGCAGAGCUGGACCAGGAGUUAGCUGUGAUGUGUGGAUUGCAGUCAGUCAUCGGGGAUCCAGAGGCGGCCAAGCGGUUGGCUGCCGAUCCGGAAUGCAAGGUCCUGCAGGUACGCUUGGGUGAUGUUGCUGUGGAGGAGGCCAUUGUCGACGGCGGUCGCUAUCUGCCGGACAGCCUGGGGUACGACUUUGUGUUGCCUGACGGCGUUCCAUCCCGGCUCCGCUUUGAGAUUUCGCUUCAAGGAGCAUCGGCAGAGUUUCGGAUUGCGAACCGACACCUCCCGCUACCUCCAGAUCAUGACUUGUGCGCUGCUGCAACACGCACUCUCACGGCUUUCGCCGUUCCCCACAAAGUCUUGGAGCCGGACGCUGCGGCCAAGAAGUUACUUCAGGCCACAUGCACCCUCUGCAACAUCAAAGCAUCUUUAGCAUCUGACGAGGGCGACUACGACUGCGCUGCCAGAUGGGGUGCGGGUCCAUGGAAAGUUGGUGUCCUAGCAGGGCUGCUCUUCGGCUUCGAUGUGUUCGUCGGCCAGAUCGACCCGGCCACCGUCGCAGCCAGUCCUCGGUUGUCACUUCAACGGGAGCACAUCCGCAGGGCGAAAGAACUCCACGGCCUCUUGGAGCAUAUGCGAGCUGCCUGGGCUGCUAACAGCGACGCCUUCACCGCGCCGGAGCAAAUUCUUCUCCAAGAUCCGGAGUUCGUUGCUGGCUUGGCGCCAGGCCAUGGGCGGCUGCCGUCCCAGAUGGAAGAGCUACCGCAGCAGCAGGAGGAGGAGGCUGCUGCAGCGGCUGCCUUUCCUGCCGACGCUGCUGGGAAUGUGCCUGCAGCGUGGGAACCAGGCCAAUUGAAUGUCAUUGAACGUUUGUGGGAAGAGCUGGAGCUCGAGGAUCUCCCGGCAGUGCCUCCCCAUGUUGAUCAAGUGAACAUCAUCAUGAUGGACAUGGCUGUCGGCAUGAAAACAGGUUACGGAGCUCACGGCGCCAGCGUGCAAGUGUGGCCCGCGGACCAGACCCCAUGGCUCUCAGAUCGCGAGGUCAUGCAGAAGCUCCUUCUUGUCGGGAAGCCCGAGAUUCCCCUUCGCGAGUUUGCCUCCAAGCUGCGCCGCUACAACAAGGUCGAGGCCAAAGCCAAGAACCAGCCGAAGGACAAGAAGGAGCCGAAGAUCAGGGCGAAACAGACCCCGCAAUGCUUUCCAAAGAGUAUGUUAGAGCAAGUCGUGGAAGCCGGCUUGAAUCUUUACCCUGUGGGGAAGCUUGUAAGCAAAGGCAAAACGGACGCGCGGCUGGCGCUUUUCAAGCCACCGUCGCCGGAGCAGGGGCGACGUGCGGUUGUGGCUUACCACAACCUGUUAAUGAAUUUGUGCCAGGUCACAGGACGGCAGCUCCGCAAUCUGUUGAUUCAGAAUGCGGGUCCGCGUCCGGAAGAGCUGGUCGAGUGA